GACUCGUCCAAGGAACCAGUUUUUGAGCUUGUCAAGGAGAUCGGUACGAACCUAUGGAUCGCGGCCAGACGAGGAGAUACCCGUGGAGAGCAGUUCCUUGCGAGUCCCAGUCCAUUUGCAAUCCAGCAAAGCGAGGGCUUCGACCAAGCUCAGCAGGAAGCCGAGGCAUUGCACAAGCUACUGUCCAAGUACAACCAGGCCUACACUAUCCGCCAACUUCUCAACCACGAGAAUCUAGUUUCGAUUGUCGGUUCUCUCGAGCAUCAGACCUUUACCAAGACCCAGGAACCAGACGAACAAAGCAGUGCUCAGUUUCUUGUCUGGGACUUUUGCGAUGCUGCCAAUCUGACUGCCGUGUUUCAGCAGUAUCCAACUGAUGAUUCGUCUUACUAUCUUCCAGAGUCUCUCUGUUGGCAUGUCCUUCGAUCUUUGACUCGGGCUGUGGCGUAUCUUCACGACGGGAAGCGACUCUACUUUGAUGCCAACCUCUCCCCGGAUGACAUGAGAGAGUGGGUGUCUGUCGACACAGAUUGGUUUCCCAUUCUCCAUCGCCGCAUCGAGCCAGACAAUAUUUACUUCCAGCACCCUCGUGGCACUGAACAAUAUGGUCAGUGUAAGCUGGGAAACUUUAGCAAUGUGGCCGUGACAUGCCAUACUGUCAGCGAUGAAGAACUCUCGUACGAAGACCAGCUCGCCCGUGGGAUGGCGUUGGCUACGCGGGAGGGAACUGUGCCACUCAACCACGCGCGAGGCUUGUUCAAGAUGGACCCGGCAUUGAUCUCGGAGGGAAUUCGUGGCUAUACCCUUGGUGACGAGAUGUGGUCCAUCGGCUCCGUCAUCUUUACCAUGAUGACUGGCUUAGAGGUCAACUACUACUGCAACAUGUGCGGCUGCUCACACGUCUUCUUUUGUAAAAGAGAUGGGUGCCUUGAACAUGAUGCCGCAUAUAAUGGCUGCAGGUGUCUUUUUGGAGGUUGCAAGCACCUGAGCGAGGACGGAUGCCGUGAAGAAAUCACUCGGUGGACUCGUUGCGGACAUAACUGUCAGAAACCCAAGAUCAACGUCCACACUUACAUGGCGCGAGCACGAUACACCAAGAUACUCCGCACCCUCGUCAAGGAUCUGCUUCUGUACGAUCCUCAGCUUGGUCGAAAUCCAUGGGUCAGAGCGGUCGAGUUUGCCCAGGUGGUGGAGGAGGCGUAUCAGGAGUGGAAGAGGGACACGGAGGAGGGGAGGGGCUAUGUUGAUCUCGACGACGACAUGGCUGCGAGAUUC